AUGGUGCCACGGCUACUGUCAUCGAGCCUUGCGGCGCAAUGCUGUCGAACGCCGUCGAACGCAUCAUCAUUGUCGCCGCUGACCGCUCUCCUUGCGAACCUUUCUCUGCAGCCGUCGUCGCAGCAAACGCGCCAGGCUUCUGUCCUCAGUCGCCUCUCGAAUAACCCCGGCGCCGUCAAGAAAAGGAAGCGUGUUGGUCGUGGUCCCUCUUCUGGACAUGGAAAGACGUCAGGAAGGGGUCACAAGGGUCAGGGGCAGCACGGCAAGGUGAAUCCAUGGUUCCAAGGUGGUCAGACACCUUUGAUUGUCCAGAAGGGUCGGCACGGAUUCGACAACCUCCGUGCUCCUGUCAUGUCCGAGGUCAACCUCGACAAACUUCAGAGCUGGAUCGACCAAGGCCGCAUCGACCCGACGAAACGAAUCACACCAAAGGAGCUUAUCGAGAGCCGCUUGGUGGGCAGCGUGCGGGACGGCAUCAAGCUUCUUGCGCGAGGCAAGAUGUCUCUCAAGCAGCCAAUCGACAUUGUCGCCUCCCGCGCGUCGGCCGGCGCCAUUGAGGGCAUUGAGCGCACGGGCGGCAAGGUCCUCACACGAUACUACACGAAGCUUUCCAUGCGACGACUACUAUCCGGCGAGUCGGUACACACGGACCUGCCCCUGCCGCAGGGCAAGGAGUACGUGGAGAAGAUUGUGGACGAGGCACGGAAGACGAGGUUCAGGUACCGUCUGCCUGACCCCACAAGCCGUGAGGAUAUCGAGUACUACCGUGAUCCGGCGCACAGGGGCUACCUGAGCCACCAGCUCAAGGAGGGCGAGUCGCCUUCGCUCUACUUCAGGGUCCCGAGCAAGGAGAAGGUGAAGAAGGUCGAGACUGAGGAGCUACCCUGUCUUCCUAAACCGAUAAUUGCAAUGUCACUUUUUGGAACAUCGCCGCCAGGCGGCGACGAGCCCUCCGUCUCCACGCCACGCAAGAACCGCGGCGGCGCCUCUGGCUUGUUCGACGAUGAACCGUCGCAAAAGACCUCGUCGAGCAGUCUCUUUGCUGAUGAUACCAAUGAGGGCGACGACUCGCCUUGGUCAAUGCCCACGCCACGGAAGCAGCAGUCUCGCGCCGAGAUGAUCCGAAACCUGCUUCCCUCUGGUGAUGUGCCGGAGAGCUACAUCGAGACAUUCGACACCGUGGUCGCAGGAGGACACAGUGUCGGCGCAGACGGCAUAGCAAGCAUCUUUGCUGCCGCAAGGCUGCCGGAUCAAGCGACGCAAAGUCGCAUCGUGUCCGUGGUUGCGCCCGAUGCGCGCACCGACGACCUGAGUCUUAGUCGCAACGAGUUCAACGUGCUGUUGGCGUUGAUUGGUCUCGCGCAAGAGGGAGAGGUCAUCAGCUUGGACGGCGUGGAUGAGCGAAGAAGAAACCUACCAAGGCCCAAGCUCGCUGGUUUGACCGCAGAGCCAGUCCUCCCGCCUGUUGCUGAGCUCGCCGCCAAACCUCCCCAGACCCCGACCAAGGAUACUGCGUCCUCACCGCCGUCGCGUGGCAACCAACAGCAACAGCAGCCCUCGCAUCACUCGUCGAACUCGCAGUCGCGCCUGCUUCGUCCCACCAUGGACGAUCCUGAGAUCGAUCCAUGGAACACCCCAGACAUGCACAAGAAUCACAAUCAUGCCAAAACGAACGGCGCCGAGACACGCAGCGGCUCAAAUGGGUUCGACGAUGAUCCCUCGCCGUUGAUAGCCGGACGAACUAUUAGCCAGCACACGGUCGAAACAAUGGGCGCGAGGUCCCACGGUGCACAGCAGAGCAGCGCCAGUGGGAACACCCCUGCUUCUGGUGGUGGUGGUGGUUCCGCCGGUGGCUGGGGAGGGUACUUUGACGGCUCCGGUGCUGGCGCUGGAGCCAACUUGGGGCAUGGUUAUGGUGGCCAGGAGCAGCACGCCAGUCCCUUCGGCGGUGCUACAGGUGGUAUCGGGGCUGAAGGGGCGAGCGGUAUGCCGCGUAACAAUCCGCUGGCGCCACCGAGGGUGUCUGUCGGUCGACAGGGCGCUGGACCCGAGGAGGCUAUCUUGGUGACGUUGAUGCCAGAGAAAGAGGGCUUAUUCAUGUUCCAGCACCACAACUACGAGGUGACAAGCCAAAGGAGAGGCAGCAAGGUCGUCAGGCGUUAUAGCGACUUUGUGUGGUUGCUCGAUUGUCUGCAUAAACGCUACGCAUUCCGGGUCCUCCCACUGCUGCCUCCCAAGCGAGUUGCCGUCAACGGCAACCAUUUGUCCAAUGACAACUCAUUCAUUGAGAAGAGACGGCGAGGGCUGGCCAGAUUUCUCAAUGCGCUGGUCAGACACCCAAUUUUGAACCAAGAACAGCUUGUGGUCAUGUUCUUGACAGUACCAACAGAACUGUCCGUCUGGCGCAAGCAGGCAAGCAUCUCUGUGCAGGACGAGUUCCAGGAGCGUGCAUUGCCCCCCGGCCUGGAGGAAUCGCUGCCUCAGGGACUCGAGGAACUGUUUAGCCGAGUCAAAGCUGGUGUCAAGCGCUCGGCUGAGCUCUACAUCAACAUAUGCAACAUCAUGGACCGUUUAGUCAAGAGGCAAGAGGGUGUCGCUGCGGAUCACGGCCGGGUAUCAUCGCUCCUAGCGAGCCUAACAGAAACCUCUGCCGAUACCUAUGCCACGGACACCAACGAGAUCCCUCUGCUGAACGACGGCCUCACUGCGAUGAGCAAGCACCUCCAAACUGCACAGACCUUGAUCGUGGACGAGAGCAAGGGCUGGGAAGAGGGUGUGCUCGAGGACUUGAAGCGGCAACGUGAUGCCUUGGUGAGCGUGCGCGAGAUGUUUGAACGACGAGAGCGGCUGGACAAGGACAACAUCCCUUAUUUGGAGAGACGGAUCCAAUCCAAUGAGACCAAGUUGGCCAGCCUGCGAUCCAAGCCCGACGGCACAAUCAAGGCUGGCGAGGUGGAGCGCGUGGCGGAGAGCAUUAUCAAGGAUAAAGAAUCCAUCGUGCAGCAGCACAACCGAAGCAUCUUCAUCAAGGAGUGUCUCCGCGACGAGCUCAUCACCUUCCAGUCGAGCCAGUACCACGUCAGCCGCUGGAACCAGGAUUGGGCGGGCGAGCGCGUCAAGUACGCCGAGAUGCUCGCAGACAACUGGCGCCGGCUAUUGGAUGAGCUUGAGGGUAUGCCUCUGGGAGACUAG